CUCUGCUCAAGAUGAAAAUUACCAGAAACACACUGACCAUGAAUACCUUGUCGUUAAAUACUAAGGACGCAACUGUAAAAUACUAAAAUUUGUCCACAUCAGACAACACAAAAUGCCGCAAAUAAACGCACGUCUUUGUGUCACUGUCGUCUUUUAAAGUUCCCCAUUAUCCAUCUCAAAUCCGAUUCCAUCAAAUUACAGCUCUCCUUUUCACCUGCUCCAUGCCAGCAUAUUCCCGUCUAAUCUUGCAGCUACUAUCUACCAGCCCGCGCUGAUGGAGGCGGGAAACUCUAACACCACAAAUGAGGCGACCGACGCCACUCCUUUGCUUUCGGGGCGGCGAGGGGCGGACGGCGGCGGCGAGGGGCGGAGCACCUCUGGUUCUGCCACCGCAGUUCUUGUUUUUAGCACCUUCGUGGCAGUCUCAGGUUCCUACGUUUUUGGUUGUGCUGUGGGAUAUUCGUCACCUGCUCAACCUGGCAUUUUGGGUGAUUUAGGCCUAACAUUGGCACAGUACUCGCUGUUUGGGUCAAUAUCAACAAUUGGAGCUAUGAUUGGAGCAGUAGUGAGUGGGAAGGUUGCAGAUUUCCUAGGAAGGAGAGGAGCGAUGGCGUUUGCAGAAUUAUUUAACAUUAUUGGGUGGAUAGCAAUAGCCUUUGCUGAGAAUGUUUGGUGGCUUGAUAUUGGGAGGCUGUCAACUGGGUUCGGGAUCGGAAUUCUUUCCUACGUGGUACCGGUAUAUAUAGCAGAAAUCACGCCUAAGAAUCUCCGAGGAGCAUUCACAGCAGCCAAUCAGUUGAUGAUAUGUUGUGGGGCUUCAAUAAUGUAUCUUGUUGGUAACAUCAUCUCUUGGCGCCUCUUGGCUUUAAUAGGAGUUAUUCCUUGCCUGAUACAGCUUAUGGGCCUUUUCGUCAUUCCAGAAUCUCCUAGAUGGCUUGCUAAGAUUGGUCAGUGGGAAGGGACUGAGGCGUCUCUAGUACGCCUUAGAGGGAAGGAUGCAGACAUAUUUGAAGAAGCAGAAGAAAUUAGAGAUUACACAAGAACUUUAGAACAGCUCAACGACUCGAGAAUGAUAGACCUGUUCCAAAAAAAAUAUGCUCACGCACUUGUAGUUGGAGUAGGGUUGAUGGUGUUACAACAAUUUGGAGGAGUUAAUGCAAUUGCAUAUUAUGCAAGUGCCAUAUUUUCAUCAGCAGGUUUUUCAUAUAAAGUUGGAACAACAGCAAUGGUAAUUGUUCAGGUUCCGAUGACUCUGUUGGGAACAGUGCUGAUGGAUAAAUCUGGAAGACGUCCGCUGCUAUUGGUUUCAGUUGCUGGAACUUGCAUGGGCUGCUCUUUGAUUGGACUAUCAUUCUUAUUACAGGACCAUAAGCUUUGGAAUUUUAGCCCUUUCCUAGCAUUUGGUGGCGUCCUGAUAUUUACAGGAUCUUUCUCCUUAGGCCUUGGAGGCAUCCCUUGGGUAAUAAUGUCGGAGAUAUUUCCUAUAAACGUGAAAGGUUUAGCUGGAAGCCUUGUGACCGUGAUCAACUGGCUCGGUUCUUGGAUUAUUACUUAUUCCUUUAACUUUCUAGCACAGUGGACCUCCGCAGGCACCUUUUUCGUCUUUGCAACUGUAAGUGGUUUUACCAUCGUCUUUAUUACAAGGCUGGUCCCCGAGACCAAGGGCCGAACACUAGAGGAAAUACAAGCAUCCAUGGUUUUGUUUGCGGGGGCAUAGUCUUCUCAUUUCAAAACACUAGCAAACAUGUUAAUUAGAAUUAUAUAAGCCAUGUCAAUGAGAAGUUCGUGAAGCGAUUGUUGCAAAAUCAAAUAAAUAGAAUUGGGUUUGACCUGGUUUUGAUGACUUUUUUAUAGCUAAUAUUUAAUUUGGUUUGAAUUAUAGCCAAGUGAGUAGUAUUUAUUUUGUUAUAAAAAUU